AUGAGCGAGCUGUUCGUGGGACAAUUCAGGGCUUCCGUUACUUAUGCCCCACCUGCCAACACUCUAGCUAACAUCAAGCAGAAGGAGCAUGAAACUCUAAGGGAAUAUUUCAAACGCUUCAACUCAGAGGUGCCCCGUGUCAAGCCAACAUCAAAGGAAACCCUGAAGAAUUUCUUGAUAGCAGGGGUUAGACCUGGGACAGAUUUCUGGACGGAGCUACAAGGGUGGGAGCUCGAAACCCUAGCUGACUUCUUUGCUAGGGCGGAACCCCAUAAAGUGAUCGAGGAGUCACUAGCGAAGCUGAAGAAGGAGUCAAAGUCAGAAAGCCGUAGUAGCUGGAAAAACAAGAGAGACAGGUCUUACAGCCCAUAUAGGAGGAACACCUAUAAGAGGAACCCCUACACAAGGCUUACUGGUGAGAAAUCCUCGAGCCGAGACGGCAAAACCUCACCCAUUACCGUGAAUACAACCAGCACACAAGGCUUCGACAAGUCAAGGCUGACGAUGAGGAAGGCCAGGGAACCAAGGUACCAUGAAUACACGCCUCUGACAGCUUUCAUAUAUCAUAUCAUCCAGGUUGGAGACAAGGCGAGACUCUUCCGGAAGCCCUUUCGAAGUGGACCGACUGGAAAGAAAGACCGGGGGAAAUAUUGCGCUUUCCACAACUUGAAUGGGCAUGACACAGCAGAAUGUGUGCAUCUCAAGGAUCACAUAGAAGAUCUCUUUAGAACUGGAUACCUGACAGAGUUUGUGGCUCAAGAGGCUAAGAAGUACAAGGAAAAGAAGGCCGAAAGGGCAAAUGACCAGGAAACCAAUCGUAACACCCGUGCUGAUAGUGUAUGA